AGCGAGGCCAUGAGAAAUUAACGUUGUAAAUGAUGCAACCGCAUUUAUACUCGUGGCUCUUUGACCAGCGCGCGUCUGCGCUCUGUCUCAAAAUCCUCUGCGCUCUCGAGCCUCCGAGCCACAGCAGAGCAGCACUGUGCUACUGGUGGGACAGCAACACUUCACUCACACCAGCGUGUUAUAAAGUUUUCUUAUAGAACACAGCACGAAACCACCUUUCUCCAUCCCGACUUCAUCAUUUAACUCCAGAUGAAAACUGAUCCGGACUAUCAACGUCAGAGAUAAGCAAACAUGGGCAAGAAAUUCAAACUGUCCAAAGGCAAAAAUGAGGAGAAUGGUGAUUUAAGCACUGAGAAAAAUGAAAAGAAAGAGGAGAAAAUAGAAAUGGUGGGACCAUUAGAAAUUUUUCGCUUUGCAGAUGGUGUCGACAUUUUCCUGAUGCUGGUUGGCGCAGUUAUGUCCAUGGUCAAUGGGGCAGUGCUUCCUCUAAUGGUUAUUGUAUUUGGAGACAUGACAAACAGCUUUGUGGGCAGUACAAUAUUAGACAGUUUAAAAGACAACAUCACCCUCACACCCAACAUCACCUUUCCAGAGUUCACUAAUGAGACUUUGGGGGAGCAGAUGACAAGGCAUGCUAUAUACUACAGCAUCAUGGGGUUUGUAGUCUUGGGGGCGGCAUAUAUGCAGGUGGCCUUUUGGACUCUUGCAGCAGGACGUCAAGUGAAGAGACUUAGAAAGACGUUUUUCCAUUCCAUCAUGAAACAGGAGAUCGGCUGGUUUGAUGUCAAUGAGACAGGACAGCUCAACACACGUCUCACAGAUGAUAUCUACAAAAUAAAUGAAGGUAUUGGGGAUAAACUUGGCAUGCUUCUUCAGAACAUGACCACCUUUUUCACCGGUAUCAUCAUUGGCUUUGUCAAAGGCUGGAAACUCACACUCGUCAUUCUCGCUGUUAGUCCAUUACUUGUAAUCUCGGCUGCAAUCAUUGCAAAGGUGAUGACAUCAUUCACCUCAAUGGAGCAGACAGCCUACGCCAAGGCUGGAGCAGUGGCAGAGGAGGUGCUGUCAGCCAUCAGAACUGUCUUUGCCUUUGGGGGACAGAAGAAAGAGAUAGAGAGGUAUCACAAGAACUUAGAGGAUGCCAAGAAUGUUGGCAUUAGGAAGGCCAUCACUGUGAACAUUGCUAUGGGCUUUACAUUCUUCAUGAUCUAUAUGUCCUAUGCACUGGCCUUUUGGUAUGGCAGCACUCUUAUCCUGGCUGGAGAGUAUAACGUUGGCAUACUCUUAACGGUUUUCUUCUCCAUCCUAAUUGGAGCUUUCGGCAUUGGCCAAACAUCUCCCAACAUCCAGUCCUUCUCUAGUGCAAGAGGGGCCGCCCACAAAGUUUUCCACAUCAUUGAUCAUGAACCCAGCAUUGACAGUUUCUCGGAAGAAGGCUACAAACUUGAUGCUGUAAAAGGAAACAUAGAAUUCAAAAACAUUCACUUUAACUACCCCUCUCGGCAGGAUGUGAAAGUCCUGAAUGGCAUGAAUCUUAAAGUCACGAGUGGACAGACUAUUGCUCUGGUGGGCAGCAGUGGGUGUGGAAAAAGCACAACAGUCCAGCUGCUACAGCGCUUCUAUGACCCACAGGAAGGAACAGUGACUAUAGAUGAUCAUGAUAUUCGUUCUCUGAACGUGCGAAGUCUGAGAGAACUGAUUGGUGUAGUCAGUCAGGAGCCAGUGCUGUUCGCUACCACCAUUGCCGAGAACAUCCGCUAUGGCCGGCAAGACGUCACCCAAGAUGAGAUUGAACAAGCCGCACGUGAAGCAAAUGCAUAUCACUUCAUCAUGAAACUUCCAGAUAAAUUUGAGACGCUGGUUGGAGACAGGGGCACUCAAAUGAGUGGCGGACAGAAACAGCGUAUUGCUAUUGCAAGAGCGCUUGUACGCAACCCCAAGAUCCUUCUUCUGGAUGAGGCUACAUCUGCACUAGAUGCUGAGAGUGAGACUAUCGUACAAGCAGCAUUAGACAAGGUGAGGCUGGGCAGGACCACCAUUAUAGUGGCUCACAGGCUGUCCACUAUUCGAAAUGCCGAUGUCAUCGCUGGUUUCCAAAAUGGUGAAAUAGUAGAACUGGGCACACAUGAUGAACUAAUGGAAAGAAAGGGAAUCUACCACUCCCUCGUCACAUUGCAGAUGUUUAAGAGUUCAGAGGAUGCUGAGGAGAGCAAAGAGGUGAUAAAAAUGGAUGAGAAAAGUCCAUCAGUCAGCUCUUUGAAUGAACGUACACUAUACAGACAGAAAUCCAGAAGUGCUUCAGAGAAAGAUGUGCAGGAGGAAGAGAAACAGACAGAGGAGGUAAAAGUUCCAGAAGUCUCCUUCCUGACAGUUCUGAAACUGAAUAAACCUGAAUGGCCAUACAUAGUGAUUGGAGUCCUCUGUGCCACCAUCAAUGGAGCCAUGCAGCCAGCAUUUGCUGUCAUUUUCUCUAAAAUCAUUGCUGUGUUUGCUGAGAUAGAUCGGGACCUUAUAAGGCAAAGGAGUGACAUGUACUCUCUGCUGUUUGCUGGUAUUGGGGUCGUGUCAUUUUUUACUCUCUUCUUUCAGGGUUACUGUUUUGGAAAAGCUGGUGAGAUUCUGACCAUGCGUCUGAGAUUUAAAGCCUUCAAUGCAAUGAUGAGACAGGACCUGAGCUGGUAUGAUGAUACUAAGAACAGUGUGGGUGCCCUGACCACCAGGCUGGCUGCAGAUACUGCUCAAGUGCAGGGUGCCACCGGAGUGAGACUGGCAACAUUGGCUCAGAAUGUGGCAAACCUGGGUACUGCUGUCAUCAUAUCAUUUGUGUACGGUUGGCAGUUGACCCUCCUUAUCCUCUCCAUUGUUCCAAUUAUGGCUGUAGCUGGAGCAGUCCAGAUGAAGUUACUGGCAGGACAUGCUCUGAAAGACAAAAAGGAGCUUGAGCAAGCUGGGAAGAUUGCAACAGAAGCAAUAGAGAACAUCCGUACCGUGGUUUCAUUGACAAGGGAGAGCAAGUUUGAGAAUCUCUACCAGGAGAACUUAGUUGUGCCUUACAAGAAUGCUAAGAAAAAGGCACAUGUUUUCGGCCUGACGUUCUCUUUCUCUCAAGCGAUGAUCUACUUUGCCUAUGCUGGCUGUUUCAAGUUCGGCUCUUGGCUCAUUGAACAAAAGCUGAUGACUUUCGAAGGAGUCUUUCUUGUAAUCUCAGCAGUGGUGUAUGGAGCAAUGGCUGUUGGAGAAGCAAACUCCUUCACUCCAAACUACGCCAAGGCCAAGAUGUCUGCCUCUCACAUCCUAAUGCUCAUCAGCAGAGUCCCAGCCAUUGACAAUGCCUCAGAGGACGGGGACAAACCAGACAAAUUUGAAGGGAAUGUGAGUUUUGAGGAUGUGCUUUUUAACUAUCCAUCACGGCCGGAUGUGCCAGUGCUUCAGGGGCUCAGGCUCAGGGUGAAAAAGGGGCAAACUCUUGCCCUGGUGGGCAGCAGUGGCUGUGGCAAGAGCACCACCAUCCAGCUACUGGAGCGAUUUUAUGACCCUCUGCAGGGCAAAGUGAUGCUGGAUUACAAUGAUGCAAAGCAGCUGAACAUCCACUGGCUGCGCUCUCAGAUAGGCAUUGUUUCCCAAGAGCCUGUGUUGUUUGACUGCAGCCUGGAAGAUAAUAUUGCAUAUGGAGACAACAACCGAAAAGUCACUCAGGAGGAAAUUGAACAGGCUGCCAAGGCUGCUAACAUACACUCCUUUAUUGAAGGGCUGCCACAGAAAUACCAGACACAGGCAGGUGAUAAGGGUACUCAGCUUUCAGGAGGGCAGAAACAGCGUAUUGCAAUAGCAAGAGCCAUCCUCCGCAACCCCAAACUCCUGCUGUUAGAUGAAGCCACAUCUGCUCUGGACACAGAGAGUGAGAAGAUAGUGCAAGAUGCUCUUGAUAAGGCACGUGAGGGCCGGACCUGUAUCGUUGUAGCCCAUCGGCUGUCCACCAUACGGAACGCAGAUUGCAUAGCUGUGUUUCAAAAUGGGGUGGUGGUGGAGAAGGGCACACACCAGCAGCUGCUCAGCCAGCAGGGGGUGUACUACACACUUGUUACCUCUCAGAUGGGCCACUGACAAUAAAGAUGGACAUGCAUUUAGGGCUGACUUUGUUUUCAGGGAAGAAUCUAGAGAACAUUUUAUUUCUUAUAAAUUAUCUCCUGUGGUCUUUGAAAUUUUAGACUUGUACAGUCCCGUAUUUGUUUUGUUAAAUUGAGUGGCAUUUAAAACCAAAGAAACUGCAGAUAACUGUGAAAACAACAUUAUACAAAUGUGGACAUUUGUGUCCAAGCACAUAUAUCAGAGGAGUAGAGCUUUGGUUAAGUGCAAGACUAAAGCGCUGUUGUUUCUAUCAAAGCCAUGUCGAGUAUUUUUAGGUAUACUUGUUUUGUUCUGCAGACAUACGAUAAUAUGAAUCUACCUGACUACUUUCUUGUUGCCAAUUAAAUUGCAUUCAAAAAUUAACCAUUAAAUAAUCUUUUUUUUUUAAAUAACAUUUGAGCAGUUUAUGUACAACAGUGCAAAAAUACAUUUAGAUGGUUAUAUCUAUCACUGUUACUCAUGAGUUUCUAUUUUGAUUUACUGUCUUGUAAUCAGUGAUGUUCUGUUUGUGUGGUGCCCUAAUUUAUCAUAUUAACAUAAAGCUAUUUUAUUUUGUCCUGCAAUGGCACUGUUUUUUUCUGACACAGAUACUUUUGAAUAUUUUUUCUUUAUCCAGACUGGUUUUAAAUUACAUGACUAAACAUGAAUUGGUUGACAUAUUUUAUGCAUUAAGAAAAAUGUCAUGAAAUGAAACUGGACAAGCUUAAUUUAUUAAUUUUAAUUAAGUUUGACAAAAUGCUAAAUAUGUGGCGCUCACUUUGUAAAUGACACUUAAAUCAGAUGAAAUGUUUACAUUCACAGCUGGUUUAACUUAGUGGAAGCAUUUUAACUUGCUUUCCCAAAAAAAAAUCCAAGAUGCUGGUUUAAAGAUUUGUUGCAUUUAUUUAUAUGUAAAAUAAAGUUCACACGUGGGAUCUAUAAGCCUUAAAACUGAGUUCCAAACUGAGAUGCUUAUGAAAUUAGAACCAGAGGGCUCUCAUAGUCAAGGUAACAACAAGGUAAAAUAGAAAUCAAACGUAUGCAUCAAGCAAGAAUUAAGAUUUGAGGUGUAAUAACAAUGAUUAAAGGUGUAAUCUGUUACUGGAAAAAAAUCUUGAUUGAUAAUAUAUUUCUGCACAAAUAACAUUUGUCUCAAUCAAGUGAAAAUGUUAAACAAAUAAACAUGCCUGACUUGAGAGCAUAAAUGCCACAACAUUUGGUUGCUGACAUGACUACACAAACACAUGGAUUAUUCAUUCCUUGCAUACAGAUCAGGAUAUCCAAAGUGUAAAAAAUAAGUAGUUCAAUUGGAAUGGUAACAUUUUGAAAUUAGACAACCAGAAUCCUAAACGUAAUUCUUAAAUUCUCAGCAUGACAACAAAAGUGCUUCUUUUCAAUACUUGCAUUGUUGGUGGUAUUUACGUAUUUAAUUGGCAAAGAGCACACUUGUAAGCUUUGUAAAGUUGUUGACAAUUCACAUUAAUUAAGGUUUGAUUCACAAUGUGGAACAGGUUAAAAAAUAAAUUGAAAUGACCACUCAUGAACACAGUCAAUGUUCCCUAAGAAAUGUAGAAGAGUGCAAACAAAUUUACAUUAUUUAUUUGGUUGGAUAAAUCUAAAAAAACAAAAAAAAAAAAACAUUGUGUAUAUAAACAGUAAAACAUUUUUACAUCAGCACAUACAUCUACAAUAUAAUUUUUUUUUUAUUCUAUUGGUGCAAAUAAGACAGACCUCUAAUGCAAUUAACAACACUAAAGUUUGAAAACAAUAUUUAGAAUGAUAAAUAAAAUAAAGAGGAAUUACAUCUCUGCAUUGUUUGUUUUGCCGUUGCAUUGAUUUGUGCAUAAUUAACAAUGUGAGGUGAUGUGAAACAUUAUUUAUGUAUUACAUUUUAAGGAACAUAUCUUUAAAAAACUCUUCAUCUGCUCUAAAAUCACAUAUAGACCAUCAUGUAGACAGUGCUAUUAUCAAGGGGUUCCUUGCUAUUCGGUCAUGCGUUCAUUAGCAUUUUGGCUCUGUAUUUUAAAUAACACAGUAUAUCAAUAAAAUAGGCCAUGCUCAAGUUCCUAAAACAUGGGCUGUUUUUCACCCAUGAUUCAUGAGGCAGUUUACUGCCUGUCUUAAAAUUGUAUUGCAUUGUGUGCAUCUCCCUAAAGUGUAGUUUACAUUUACAUUUAUGCAUUUGGCAGACGCUUUUAUCCAAAGCGACUUACAGUGCACUUAUUACAGGGACAAUCCCCCCGGAGCAACCUGAGUUAUGGGCCUUGCUCAAGGGCCCAACAGUGGCAUCUUGGUGGUGUUGGGGCUUGAACCCCCAACCUUCUGGUCAGUAACCAUGAACCUCAACCACUGAGCCACCACUGCCUGUAGUUCCAAACGAUGCUUGCGUAUUAGUUUCCUAUGACACUGUAUUUAUAAUUCUACAUGUCUACAUUUAAUAGGAAUCAAUACUAUUAUUGUAGGGCAAAAACAUUAGGUUAGAAAUCUUCAGCAUUUCCUGAUUUGAACUAUACAUUAGAGAUGACUAACUGAAGGCACGUGAAAGUUUAAAACACCUGCUGUACUGAACUAUUCAAGAUUAUUUCUGAAAAAUCAACAAUCAUCUCAAUAUCUGGCAACUUGCCCAAAUAAACUUCAGAUUUCUCUGCAAUAGUCAAGUAUUUACAAAUUCUAAAUAGAACCAUAAAAGGAAGAAAGUCAUCCUUUUCAAAUCUAGAUACAUCCUGUGUUUAUGGCAGAUAAAGUCAAAUGUUGAUAGCAUAAAGCAAUCAAAGUGAGGUCAUGC